AUGGCUUCAACGUUUGCAAGACGACGUUUUUUGUUGGGCAGCUUUGCGGGCCGUGCAAAUGCAGAAACAUUGGUCGGUUUGUUCAUCUUGGACACGAGCAAAAGGUCCAUGGGCCUGAAGCCCAUGUUUGGCAUGCAGAUUCCGCUGGUCUGGACCUGCGCGCCGGGCCGAGCUGAUCUUUCCAGCAUGCUUCCGGACAACAUGUUGCACUGUUUACUCGGGAAGGCCUUGCUGAGCGGUGUCUACUUCCACAACAUCAGGCGCGGUGAGAUCAACUAUGCCCACAACAAGUACCAGGGAAGCGCCGCUGCAGAGGAAGGUGGCCAUUAA